AAAAAAGUUCCAACCAUGGCCAGUGGCGAAGUUGUUUUGGUUACCGGUGGUAGCGGUUUUAUUGGCCAACACAUUAUCAGACGAUUAUUGAAGGACAAAACGGAGCUGGGAAUUAAAGAAGUGCGCAGUGUGGAUUUGAAUGCCUUCAAGAAUACAAUUGAUGAUGAAAAACUUGAUAUUAAAACCUUUGUUGGUGACCUGUGUGAACCAGAUUCUGUGGAGGAUGCCUUUAAGGGUGUUGACACUGUAUUCCAUUGUGCCGGCAAGAUGAGUCUGCAAUAUCCCCCCAAAUACGAUGAAUUGAAUCGUAACAAUAUCGAAGCAACUCAAUCAGUGGUGGAUCUUUGCCUUAAACAUAACGUGCAACGUUUAAUUUACACCAGUUGUGGAUCGGUGUGCAUGGUCCCCUUUAAGGGCAGUUCCAGUACUGUUGUUAUUAAUCAAACCGAGUCAAAAGCCGCCACACCGAUGUUCGAUGCCAAAAAACCCGAGGAAUUCGACAAGCAGUUUAUUAUUCGUGGCUAUUCGUCAUCCAAACUGAAGGCCGAACAAAUUGUUCUGAGUGCUCAUGGAAAGACACUGAAAAAUGGCACUGGACAAUUGACUACAGCAGCAAUACGUCCACCAUUGACCUAUGGCGAGGGUGAUACAUUCUUUAUGCCAGAUAUGCUCAGAUAUUUGAGCAGACAUUCUUAUGUCUAUCCAAAGAUUGCGGGCGCGGGUGGCAAGCAGCAACUCUGUUAUGCUGGCAAUGUUGCAUGGGGCCACAUGUGUGCCUACAAGUCCCUCAAAGCUUCGCCCAAAUCUGUUGGCGGUCUGCCGGUUUUCAUUACCGAUGACACACCGCUGUAUGACACCUCAAGAUUUAUCCAAAAAAUCGGUUUAGUCAGUGGCAAAUACAAGGCCCGUCACUCCUCAUGGUCAAUUCCACAUUUCAUCUUCUAUUUCUUUGCAAUGUUAACUGAACUGUUCAUCGAUUUGCUGGAACCGGUGAAAAAGAUAACACUUAAGUAUUCCAUUCGAUCGCUAAGUUCAUAUGCAUCUUCGAUAAUAUUCUUCAAUCGUCUGAGGGCAUCCAUUCACAUGGACUACGUGCCAUUGAUAGAUGAAGAAACAUCGGUUGGCAACAGUGCCAAAUGGUAUGGCAAAUGGUGGGAGGAGAAUAUAGGAAAAGGCCAGCGAAAUGGUGUAGCAAAGAGUAAAAAUAAUUAAGUUGCUUUUAUGCAUUAAGAUAGAUUUAAGAGCCAAACAUUUCGUUAUUUGGUGUUUGUUUUUUUGUUAUUAUUGUAUAUUUUUAACUGAGAUAUUUGAAUAAAGAAAAACAUAUUUGAAAA